UCUGGUACGCGAUCAAACCGAGGUUCUGGUGUGAGAAGGCUCGUGAAACCAAAUGGGAGUAUGCCAAACAAUUUGUCAACGUUCCUCCGUUGCGACGAAAACAAGACAGAACUGUUUCCGCUAAUUGUCAAAUCAUUGACCGAGAACAUUAACUGCGCUAAUGGAGUCUUCGUUGGGACUGUCGAAGACGGGGCGGUUUCAAACCAAGCUGAUAUCGAUCUCGAGCCAUUGAUGCCAUGCAACAUCGAAGAGGCAGAUGAGCGUAUUUUUGUGCAUGUCAGAAAUGCUGCUGAAGAAUGUUCCCGUAUUCUGGUCAAGACCGUGGAUAGUGAUGUUGUUGUGAUUGCUCUUUCAGCUUUCCACAGAAUACCCGGCCUCCAGGAGCUGUGGCUCGAGUUUGGAGUCGGGAAGCAUUUGAGGUUCAUAUCAAUUCACGAGAUUGCCAAUUCCCUCGGACCCCAGGCCUCCACCGCUUACCUCUUCUUCCACUCGUUUAGUGGCUCCGAUACCACCUAA